CACCAAACAUCUUAGUUUCAAGCCAUUUGUUAAAUACUAAGCUCUCUUUUAUUCCUUUCUUGUAAGAAUGGAUCCAACAGUAUCAACACCUAUCAGUGAGUCCUCAAAUAUCACUGACCUUGUCGUAACAAAUCGCAAUGGAGUAAAGGGUCUCUCAGAAAUGGGACUCAAAACCCUCCCUAAGCAAUAUAUCCAACCUGUAGAAGAAAGGAUCACUGUGAGCAACAUCUUGCCUCAAGAGUCUAUACCCAUCAUUGAUAUGUCAAACUGGGACGAACCAAAAGUCUCAGAAUCAAUCUGUGAUGCUGCAGAAAAGUGGGGUUUCUUUCAGAUUAUCAACCAUGGAGUGCCCAUUGAAGUGCUGGAGAAUGUGAAGGACGCAACACAUAGGUUCUUCAAUUUGCCAGCUGAGGAGAAGAGGAAGUUUUCAAAAGAGAACUCACCUUCCAACAGCGUGCGGUUUGGCACAAGCUUUAGUCCUGAAGCAGAGAAGGCCCUUGAAUGGAAAGAUUACCUGAGCAUGUUUUAUGUGUCCGAGGAUGAGGCCUCUGCAUUGUGGCCUUCUGCGUGCAAGGAUCAAGUUUUGGAAUAUAUGAAGGGGUCUGAACCAGUUAUCCAAAGGCUAUUAGAGGCACUAAUGAAGAGGAUAAAUGUGAAGGAAAUUGAUGAGACAAAAAAAUCUCUCUUAAUGGGUUCAAAGAGGAUUAACCUUAACUACUAUCCUAUAUGUCCUAACCCUGAGCUCACCGUGGGAAUAGGUCGUCAUUCUGAUGUGUCAACCCUUACUAUCCUCCUUCAAGAUGAUAUUGGUGGACUCUAUGUGCGAGGAAACAAUGAUAGUUGGGUUCAUGUUCCACCUAUAAGCAGCUCCCUUGUGAUCAAUGUUGGCGAUGCACUACAAAUAAUGAGCAAUGGUCGGUACAAGAGCAUUGAGCACCGUGUGGUUGCCAAUGGAAGCAAGAAUAGGAUUUCAGUUCCUAUUUUUGUUAAUCCUAGGCCAGAUGACAUGAUUGGUCCUUUUCCAGAAGUGCUCGUAGGGGGUGAGAAAGCAUUAUAUAAGCAAAUUCUGUAUUCAAAUUAUGUGAGACAUUUCUACAAGAAGGCUCAUGAUGGGAAGAAAACAAUUGAAUUUGCAAAAAUAUGAUAUGUAUUCUGAGGUGUGUUGUCACUACAACACCGAUCAGUGUUGUCACUACAAGUAUGUUAUGUUCUAUUGUAAUGGAAAUAAAUUUUAUGAAAUAAAACAC